CCCUACUCACUAUCUACAGAGAAUCGAUGGCGGGCGCGAAGUCGUCGGUUCUGCUCGACGUGAAGCCGUGGGACGACGAGACCGACAUGGCCAAGCUCGAGGAAGCCGCACGGAGCGUCGCCAUGGAAGGACUGACAUGGGGUGCAUCCAAGCUUGUUCCGGUUGGGUACGGGAUGAGCAAGAUGCAGAUCAUGCUGACGAUCGUCGACGAUCUCGUGUCCGUCGACGACCUCAUCGAGGACCGUCUCUGCGCCGAGCCAGUCGACGAGUUCGUGCAGAGCUGCGACAUUGCCAGCUUCAACAAAAUAUGUGCGUGCCUAAUCCGGUCGUUCAGAAUAUUUUAG